CGCAAAUAAAAAGCAGCCACUCUAAAAACAACUGCGCGUAAUAAAUAUUUGUAUAAAUAAACUAAGCCAAGUAAGGCAAACACCAAGCGGAAGUGACAGAUUAAACAAGAGAUUAAACAGUGGUGAAACACAAGCCAGCAAACACAAAAGUACAGUUUGCUUUAAUCACAUUUCGCGACCCAAAGUUCCCACCCUCUGUUUGACGUCAUUGUCAGGGCAAACAUGAAAACCCCCGUUUCCGCUGCUGCGAAUUUGAGCAACCUGAAUGCUGGCAGUUCCGGAGCAACUGCCUUGCAGAUCGUACCGAAAACAGAGCCCAUUGGAGAAGAAGGAGCCCCCAUGUCGCUGGACUUUCAAACCCCGGGCCUCACAUCCACCCCCAAUCCCAACAAGCGUCCCGGUUCCCUGGAUCUGAACAGCAAAGGUGCCAAGAACAAGCGGAUCUUUGCGCCGUUGGUCAUUAACUCACCGGAUCUGCAGGCCAAGACUCUGAAUACACCCGAUCUGGAGAAGAUCCUGAUGUCGAACAACCUCAUCCAGACUCCCCAGCCCGGCAAGGUUUUCCCCACCAAGGCGGGUCCCGUCACCGAUGAGCAAGAAGCCUUCGGCAAGGGAUUCGAGGAGGCUCUACAGAUUCUGCACACCAACUCGCAGGCUUUGCCGGCCGUCAAUCCAACUCCCAACAACAAUAUGCCAGCCGCUCCAGCCAUGACUGCGGUGACCAAUGGCAUCAGCGGAGGAACCUUUUACGCCAACAUGGCCGAGAGCUUCUCGGUGAUCAAGGACGAACCCGGCAACCCAGCCGGUUCGCCCAACGUCAGCCCCAUCGACAUGGAAUCCCAGGAGAAGAUUAAGCUGGAGCGGAAGAGGCAGCGCAACCGCGUGGCCGCCUCCAAGUGCCGCAAGCGCAAGCUGGAGCGCAUCUCGAAACUGGAGGACCGCGUUAAGAUCCUCAAGGGCGAGAACGUCGAUCUGGCGAGCAUUGUGAAGAACCUCAAGGACCAUGUCGCGCAAUUGAAGCAGCAAGUGAUGGACCACAUCGCGGCGGGCUGCUCAGUUCAGCCAAAUUCGACGGAUCAAUAACAUUUGGACAUAGCCGAGGAGGAAGAGGAAGAUGUGGCACUGGAGGCAGAAACUCCUUCGAAUCGAGAAGUUUCUGGGCAACCCAUGCCUUUGGAACUCUUUUUAAGUGCCACCACGAGUGCCUUGGAGCUGGAAGCCUCUGCCUCGCCGGAUAUCUCCCUGAAUGGCAGCGACCUUCUGGAGGAUGAUAGCGAGAACGAACGUCCUCUGGUGCUCUACAUCCUCUCGGACGACGCAAACUGAGGAGUGUGCCUUUCUUGACUUCGUACAACGGCUUUUGGUCACUAGCUGCAAUAUCUGGAAUGCUUUUUAAGUGUUUUGUUUACUUAGUUUUUAGUCUAAGCUACAAUUAAUCAAGUAUUAUCUGUGUUGAACGUAAGAUAAUAUAAAAGUAAUGUAAAAAUACACGUAUAUAUAUUUUCUGUACUUGAUAUAUACAUAAAAAAUUAA